AUGAAAGAGACCGAAGUACUUGAAGCUAUCAAAUCAGUUUCAGAAGAGAUUGUUAUGCAGUGUAAAGUAAUGUCUAAGUGGGUUGUCUCAACUGCCCAUGCGGCCCAACGUAAGAUUCAAAAGGACAAACAAGAAAUCCUUAGGAAACAAGAAUUACUAGAAGCUACAAUCAGUCAACUAAAAGAAGAGAACUCUAAACUACUUGAUGACCGCCAGAAGUUAGCUCUAGAAACCGAGUCAGAGCAAGUGGAGAUCGAAAGACUCAAAGAAGAGCAACAAGCGAUUGAAGGUCGACUUAGCCAGACCAAAGACAAACUCAAGUGUUUACAACAAGUCUAUGCCCAACAAUUAUCAGCCACCAACCGAUUAAGAAGAGAGUUACAACAGGACGAAGUCUUAGCUGAGAAGAAUCUCCUAAAAGCCGAAGAAAGGAUUAAGCAGUACCAAGCCCGUUUAGGUUUUAGUAUUGAGCCGCUUAGUAUUGGUUCAGUCAAUUUUGUCUUUAACUUUAGUAGUCGCUUGUAUGCCUUUGCUAUUGAAAUGGGUGAUACCUAUAUCAUUCAUAAGGCUAGUGUAGAAGAGGAGAAGUAUGCACCCUUAUUGGAAGAACUCAACCAAACUCAAGAUCUUUAUGCCUUUAUUCGAGGUAUGCGUUCUCUUUUUGCCGCCGAGGAUAAGGAAAACCAAGAUAAUACUGGCACUAAGCAGUAA